CUCCGCUCUGGUCCUACUCUAGUACUACUAGGUGAUACAUGUAAUCUCCCCGUGUCUUUCAUAGGAGUCGUAAAAAGAAUUUUUAUAAUCCGAUUUGAGCACAAAUAUUUUACACCAAAAUAAUCUUAAUUAUCUCGCGUGAAAUUCAAUUAAAACAAAGCAAAACAAAAUCAAUUAAAUUCGAUCCUACGUCGCGUAUCGAAUCGGUUCGGAUAUUUGCAUGCAUUUGUCAAAAAUGCAUUCGAAAUAUAGCUUACAUCCGUGCAUUUUAAUAACACGGUUCGCGAUUACUUAAAGCAAAGUCAAAAAGGAAAGUUUUCGGAAACACUUCAAGUUUCUUGGAUAGUGUCCUAAGUCCUGUGCCCUCUGUGUGUUGUGUUACUUUACCCAACUUCCCCCUCAUAAAUAUUAAAAAUCUUCCUCAAGAAAAAUCAAAAAUAAAACGAGAGAUAAUUCUUGUCUUCAGCAGAGAAGUGUUGUUAUUUGUUUUGAAAAUCUAAAUUUUUUAAAUUUGUUUCUUUUUGUUAUAUUUUUGUGGAAAAUCUCCGAAAAUAGUGUGAGGAAGAGUCUUUGGAAUCAACCCAGGGAAACUACCUUAAAUCUACGUCAUACAAAAGGCCCCCUUGAUUCAAAAUACUUAAAGUUUUUACACCUCUACAGUGUACACCAUCUGGAGAUGAGUUUCUAAUAAAAUUAAAAUUAAAAAAGAAAAGAAAAAUAUAUCUAAGCAUAUUAUUGUGAAUUGAUUUCUAGUGCCAAAUCACGAUUUAGUUCAUUUGUCAAAAUAAGAAAAAUAGAAAUAAAAAUUACAUCAAAGUGAAGUGAAAUAGGAAAUCAAUUAAAACCAAGUGAAAAAUAGAAAAUAAAUAUUGUUUUUCUUAAUAAAAAAGGAAAAAUAUUAUUCUUAUUUAAAUUAAAAGGAAAAAUAUAAAGAAUCGUCAUCAAAAAUAAAGUCAAAAAAUGACCACGGAUAAGAGCAAUGCGGCUGACACCGUUGCUGCCACAAAAACAAAAACAAAAACAACACCAACUCAGCAAACGAAUGGAAAGCCAAAGGAAAAGAGAAGGAGCAAUGAAAAGCGCAAAGAAAAAUCUCGUGAUGCGGCCCGUUGCCGUCGCUCACGUGAAACAGAAAUUUUCACUGAUCUAGCACAAGUCCUUCCAUUGCCAAAGGAUAACGUCGAUCAAUUGGAUAAGGCAUCAAUUAUGCGUGUUGCUAUUGCCUAUUUAAAAAUACGUGAUAUGCUUCAUUUAUUUCCAAAAAUCAAAGAUAUUCCCAAAGAAUUACCAGAACAAUCAGAUACCACCAACAAUAUCAUCAGCAGCACCACUAGCGAUGAAGAAUAUUCCCAGACCGGAGGCGAUGAUAAAGAACCCAAACCAUUUGAUUUGUGGAAAGCAGCUGAAACAAAUAAAAUUUUAUCACAAGCUUUGGAUGGAUUUAUGAUUAUCCUAUCUAAUGAUGGAGACGUUACAUAUGUUUCGGAGAACAUAAAUGAGUAUUUGGGCAUUUCAAAGAUUGAUAUGUUGGGUCAACAAAUCUGGGAAUAUAGCCAUCAGUGUGAUCAUGAUGAGCUUAAAGAAGCACUCAAUAUCAAGAAAAUCGGUUUAUCGGAAAAAAUUAAAGAUGAAAAUCUCAUUGAAGAAGGAAUCACAACAGAUCAUCGUGAUUUGUUUAUAAGAUUGAAAUGUACACUGACAAGUCGCGGACGCAGUGUUAAUAUCAAGAGUGCUUCUUAUAAGGUUAUACACAUAACUGGACAUUUAGUUGUAAAUUCCAAAGGCGAUCGUGUUCUCAUCGCAGUCGGACGUCCUAUUCCACAUCCAUCAAAUAUUGAAAUACCAUUGGGUACUACAACAUUUUUAACAAAACAUUCGUUAGACAUGAAGUUCACCUAUGUUGAUGAUAAGAUGGAUGAAUUAUUUGGCUAUAAGCCUGAAGAUUUAUUAGAUAAAUCAUUAUAUGAAUGUCAUCAUGGAGGUGAUUCCGAAAGUCUCAUCGGAACAUUUAAAUGCGCACUCAGUAAGGGACAAGGUGAGACAUGUCGUUAUCGUUUCUUGGGAAAAUGUGGUGGUUAUUGUUGGAUUGUGACACAAGCCACAAUUGUUUAUGACAAACAAAAACCACAAAGUGUUGUUUGUGUUAACUAUGUUAUAAGUAAUCUUGAGAACAACAAUGAGAUUUAUUCACUUGCUCAAUACGAAGCAAGUCAACUACAACUACAACAACAACAAAUUGAUACAAUCGAUUCGAAUGUCAAAAUUAGUACGUCAACAUCAACGUUGUCAUCAUCGCCUAAACCACAAAUUGUCAUUGAAUCAAAACAAAUUCAACAAGCACAACCAAUUAUUGAAUUAAUAACUGAAAACAAACCCAAACCAAUCAUUAUUCAACAACAAAUUCAACAACAACAUCAACAACAAGAAAAAGAUCAAUCUAAAAUUGAUCUUGAAAAAACUGAUCUUGUGCCUAAAUUGUCUAAGAAGACAUGCGCAGACGUCGACGAGAAAAUAUCCACCUCUACCGCCGAAUUACUAAACAAUUUAAAACGUGAAAAUCCCAAUAACAACAAUAAUAAUAUUAUUAUAAACAAAUCUCUCAAUAAACCAAUAAUAAUUACAACUUCUGAUCAACAAAAUAAAUUCGUUCCGUCAUUGGUGACUACUACGUCAUCGUCUCCAUCGUCGUCCUUGUCGUCGUUGCCAUCAUUGUCAUUGCCGCCAGCAUUGCGUAGCCUUCAAAAUCGUCCUGAUUUAUUAUACGGAGGACGUAAUAAUAAUAAUAAUCAACCUACUUCAUCGACCAUUUCGUCGAACCCACCGAAAUUUGUCGAAGAAAAACGCCCCAAAUCUGUUACGGCAUCAGUGUUUCGUGUUGCAAGCGAUAAAUUGCCUAUUAUAAACGCAUUCAAUUCAAAUUCCAAUUCAAAUUCAAAUAUAAUUACAUUGAAUCAAUCAAAUUAUUCGCAGUUGAACGUUGCACCAACUGCUCAAUCGGUGACAGCAUCGGUGUUUACACCAUUUUCACAAUUGCGUUCAGCGCAAAAGAAUUUUACAACAUCAAAUCAAAUUACAAAUCAACAACAAUCACAGUUGCAGUCGCAGUCUUCUUCAAACGUUCAACGUUCUGUUGAAAUGAAUAAAGGAUAUCAUUUGUCAUUUGCUGAGGAUACAUCAGGACUUACUACAAUGCUUAAAGAAGAACCCGAUGAUUUGUCACACUUGGCUCCUGGAUUAGAUGAAAACACACCAUUAUUUAAUGAAAUGCUUGCUGGCCUAAUGUCUUAUGGUGGACUAUUGCAAGAUGAUAUUAAUUCAUUGGACUCACAAAAUAGCGGAAAUCAAACAAAUUGUACAUCAAAUAAUAAAGGACACAUUGAUCCGUUUAUUAAUUAUCGUGAAGAAUCAAAUGAUACCAAUUGUUCACAGCAUUUACUAUCGCCAGGUGGUGCUUCAAAGAGUCCAGAAGCCAGCAGUCUACCUUCGUUAUGUAGUCCGAAUUCGCUCAGUCAAGAAGAUGACUUCCCAUUCAUGACAAUGAAUGUAGACGAUGAAAUCGAUCUAUCAAUGCGCGCCCCCUAUAUUCCAAUGAACGAACAAGAAGAUUUACCACUUCUCACCGACGAUCUAAUGUGGGGCGUUGGCGUUGGAUUUGCCUCCGAAGACUUGACCAUACAUAAAGACGAAGUCAUGCAAUAUAAUACACUAAAACAACAAAUGAAUUUAUCGCCAACAUCAACAACAACAACAACACUAAAUAAUAAUCGAUUGAUGUUAAAUAACAAUCAAAACUGUCAUAACUCAACGAAUCUGUCAAAUUCUUCACCAUCAGCAUCGCCGAUGUCAAUGUCAUCUUCAUCGGCAGCAUCAUCGCCUUCGCCAUGUUCGCCGCAUUCAUCGAUAUCAUCGAUGCAUAAUCAAUCAAACUUUGGCGGAGCAAUGUUAUGCAACGCAAGUGGCGGCGGUGGUGGUGGAAGUGGAAGUAGAAAUGGAGGAGGAGGAGGUGGUGGAAAUUGUGGAGCUGGUGAUGGUCCUGGGGGAUGUGGCUCAUCGCUGUGCGUGGAUGACAGUGACAGUGGCAUAAGCAGUAUAAACUCAAUGUCACCUCAGCACACACACCAACAACAACACCAUCGACAACAUCAACACCAGCAACAGAACCAUCAUCUCAGCCACCAUAAUCAACAUCAGACGCAUCAACAGCAACAACAACAACAACAUCAUUCGCCGAUGACACUUCGAAAUGAUGGUUUGGGUUUGAUAACGUGUAAAAAAGAAAUCGAUGGAGGCAAUUUGUGCGAAUCAAUUGAUGCUUUCGACAGUGUGUAUACCAAGGAUUCUUCCAAUUUAGAUUGUUGGACGGUACAGGAAUUACUCAACAUUAAUUCAACCGAUUCAAAUAUCGCCAUUGAUAAUAAUUUGCAACAACAGCCAAACAAACAACAACAACAGAACAUAAUUAUAAAUACGGCGACAAUGCCAACCACUACCCUGCACGUUCCCCUAAUUACAAUUCAAAAUAAUAAAAAUCUUUCAAUGAACCAUCAACAGCAGCAACAACAACAGCAACUCCAACAACAACAACAAUCAGAUCAACGUUCUACAUCAUCACCAUUAGGAGGAGGAACGGCAGUUGUUGCAACAAAUUCAGCUCCAAAUUGCCACAGUGGCAGCAAUAAACCACAAUGCGGUGGCAGUUUAAUUCUAAGCGAAGAAAUCAUCCAGAACAAUCGAAAACUGUCACCGAAAGUACCCACCAGCAAUACAGCUGCUACAAUUCGAAUUACCACCAAUGGCAACAUUGGUCGCCAUCAAACGUCACCCAAGACAACAACCAUUCUCCAUACGACCAAUUUGACGGCUCUGCAAGGCAACAACCACAAACGUCAUAUCACCUCAGGCAAUGCCUCUACUUUGGAUUCAAAACGUCUGAAGAAUUCCUCAAGCUCGGAAAUUCAAACGUCGCUGCUGCAACAACUGAUGGCUCCGGCGACGCCGCAAAAGCAAAAGGUAGUGGUACGAUCGGCAGGGACAUAUGACAAAUCCCAGACAACGUCGCGUUGGAACAAUGAAAACGGUGGUGGACUGUCACAGCAACAGCAACAACAAAUGCUGCGCAAUCAAGACCGCAAUCACCACCUAAACCAGCAGUCCCUGACUUCUUCAUCCGCAGCAUCGAACUCGGUGCUGAAGAAUCUUCUCAUCAGUGGAUGCGAUAAUGCCAUUGCAAAGACUUUCCCCGAAAUUAUGAUAACUGACGAAGAAGCCAUUUCUCAACUGUCACCCUGCGACAGUCUGACACAAUUACGCAACGAUGCCGCUUCAGCCAAAGUAAUGCGUGAUUUACACUCAAAUCCAAUGAUAGGUGGGCCAAGAAUUCUUCCAUCGCCACCAUUCCCCACGGAAGAUUCAAAUCCGCCAGCCUUAUGCACAAUGAGUGACAACGAUUGCAGCAGCGAUAGUGGUAUCGAUGACAUUACCACUCCUCGUAAAACCAACAUAAAUGUCAUUCGAGACGUCAAACCAACAAUCAACUCAACUGAUAAGUUAUACGUCAAAUUCGAUAUCACCGAUGAUGAUGAUGAUGACGUAGCAAAUGCUCUAAAACACAAAGGUCUACUGAUCCCGAAUCCAAGUGCUAUACCAAUUGAAACCACACCAGCACUCGAGUCGCCAAAUCCAACAGGAAAUCAUCCUCGUAAGACAUCCAUAUCGUUUUUGGAUAGCGGAAAUCCCUUAAUGACGCCAUUUUUGAUUGAUUUGAUCAACGAUGAUUAUAAUAUGAUCGAGAGUGAUUAUCUUGAAAACAACGAAUUGACUCAGGUGUUGAAUGAGUUGACCAAUAGUAAUUGAUUCGUCUACGAUUGAAUUCACUAAGCUCGUCGUGCAUGAGUGCAUAAAGUUUUAUAAAAUUGACAAUUUUUGGUUUUUAUUACAAAAAAGAAUAUACAAAUUAAAAGUCUUUUUUCUAUAUUUUCUUAUUUGCUUCUAUAUUUUUUAAUAAAUAAUUGUUUUAAUUAAAAUUCAAUUUAUCAAUUUCCAUAUUUCAAAACUUUAAUUUGCAUUUAGUUUAAUUAUUUCUUUGUUUAAAAUGAUUGCAACCAAAUUAAUUAAAAAUAUUUUCACAAAUUUGUAACAAUAUACACAACAGAAAAAAAUACAUAUUUUUCACAGCAAAUAAUAAGCAUAAAUUAAUUGUUUUAAGUACACUGUAACUGCCUAGAGAAAAUAUAUACCAUAUGUAAACACACCUUAAAAAAUAUCGAUAUGUUAUCCCAAAAAUUGUAAUCAUUUAUGUUUAUUUUUUUUUUUUUUUAUUUUUGUCAAAUUUAUAAUUUUAGGUUUAAGAAUUGCAACAUUUUCAAAAUAUUUUUUUUUCUUUUUUUAAUUUUAAAUAAAAUUUUUGGUGUGGGUUUAAUAAAAUUUUGACGUAAAUGUUUUAUUUUCAUAUUCAGUUAGGUGCAAUCUCGCUUUGAAUUUGUUCUUUAGUUUAAUAAAUUGUAAUAAACAUGAUUUCCCAUAAAAUAUCUUUAUUAAAAUCUUUGACAACUAAACAAAUGUUUGCAAAAUGAAGUGUCAAAAAAUCUUAUUGAAUUUAUAGCUUCACUGUUUGUUUUUUGAUUUAAAUGUUUUGAAAUAAAUAUUUUUCUUUCCGGUUUUUGUUAAACAAUUGUUUUGUAAAAAAUUGUUUAAACAUUAAGGUUUUUUCUAGUACACAUUUGUUUUUCUUAGUUCUAGAAGAGUCCUUUAAAAAAUAUUUAAAAAAUUAAACAACUGAAAUGAAAAUUCAAAAUGGAGAUUUUAUUAAUAUACAAGAGAAUGACGUUUUUUUAAAAUACAAAUGUAUACUUUUUAUAUGAAUGUUUACAAACGUGGAAGAGUUACAGAAAAAGGAAAAGGGAGGGAAAGAGAGAAGGAAAGAAAAGAGGGAGAAAAACCAUACAAAUUAUGAAACAAAAUGUUUAGAAUUAUUGAAAUUAUAGUAAUAUUAAGUUCGAUUGGUAAAAAUAAUAAACACAAAAAAAAAGUUAAAA